AAGCAGAUGUAAGACUGACAACGCGUAUAAAUUGAGUGACGAUAUUUAGUCAAAGAAUUGUGAAUCGUACGAACUCGGAAAAAAAUUAAAUUGCUUUUAAUUGCCGAUUCGCCGGAGCAUUGGUAGUCAGUUGGAUAACGUGCUUGCAAUUGAAAAGGUUUCUCCGUUAGGUCGUAAUUAAAAUGAUUUUUAGAAAAAACAACACAAGCACACGACUCAUACGCAAAAAUUAUUGACCUCAUUUUAUUGCUUCGAUUUAGUUUUUUUUUUGGUUUUAUUUUUAACACAUUUUGGAAACGCACAAAGUCUGAAAUUUUUAAGAAACUUCGGAAAAAGUUUUAAGAAAACAAAAUUAUAAAAAAUGUCUAGUUUAUCUGUGUUGUUGCUAGGCACAUUUUGCUUGAUAAUGUGUCUAAACGCUUGCCAUGCUCAAUUGCUGGAAGGAAUUUAUUGUGGUCGUGAUAAUUGUUAUGAUGUUUUGAACAUAACGCGCGAGGCAAGUGUCAGUGAUGUUCGAAAAUCGUAUCGUCGAUUGGCAAAAAAAACGCAUCCAGAUCUGUUCCGUGAUGAGGUGCAAAAAAAGGAAGCCGAAACUAACUUUAAAUUACUCGCGACCGCUUAUGAAAUUUUGCGAGAUGAGGAAGCGCGAAAGGAUUACAAUUAUAUGUUGGAUAAUCCGGAUGAAUACUAUUCGCAUUACUAUCGAUAUUAUCGGCGGCGAAUGGCACCAAAAGUGGACGUACGUGUCGUCAUUUUUGUUACCAUCACUCUGAUAUCAAUUGUCCAGUACUACAGUUUAUGGCAGCGUUACGAUUCGGCGAUAAAAUAUUUUAUGACUGUGCCAAAGUAUCGCAUCAAAGCACAGGAAAUAGCUGCAGAGCAACAGCGACAAGAAGAGGCUGCAAAUAGUGGUGGAAAAAAUGGUAGGCCCAAAUCAAGAGCCAAAGUGUCAAAAGCCGAAUUGAAAGAGGAACAGGAGCGCCGAAUUCGACAAAUUAUCGAAGAAAAGAUGGACAUCAAGGGAGCUUAUGCAAAGCCAAAAAUUAGCGAUUUACUUUGGGUGCAACUAAUCAUCUUACCUUAUACGAUCAUUAAGUAUGUUUAUUGGUAUGGAAACUGGAUUUGGCGUUUCACAAUCCUUCGACAACCAUACGGCGACGAAGAGAAGUUAUAUCUCAUUCGACGAUACAUGAAACUCGGCCAAUAUCAAUUUGACGGUCUCGAAGAGCAUGAAAGACAAGACUACCUGGACAUGGAAUUGUGGAUUAAAGAAAACUUUGACGAAUGGAAGGCCGAACAAGAAGAAGAACUAAAGGCCAAAUUGGCCGAAAGUGCGAGACAUAAAUCAUAUAGGCGAUAUAUGAAGAACCAUGGACCAGGCCGAAUGACAUUCGAAGACUAACACUUUUAAUUUAUCGCGAAAGAGAAAUGAAAAAUAAAAAAAACUGUAAUUUAUUGUAAAUUCCCCAGCUCAUAUCUAUGAAAAAAGUGACUUGAAUAAAAUAAAGUUAUUUAAUUUUAUAAGUAAAAGAAUAUCGUCA